AUGGCCGUGGCCGACGGUGAAACCUCCACGGAGCAGCCGCAGAAAUGGUGCGGCUACAGCCGCUGUGUCAUUGCCAGCAUCAUGGCAGCCUUGGUGCUGGUGGCUGCGGUCGUUGCGAUCAUCAUUGCAGCCAACUCGCACAGUGCCUCGCCCGGUCCCUCUCCAUUGCCCUUUGGGCCCCUGCGUGGGAUUGCCUAUGCUGCCCUGCCUUGCACGGCUGACAACGCUUGCAAGCAGCAGAUGCCGAGCCAAGACGUGAUGCAGCUCGGCUACAAGACGCAGUGGGGCGCCACCGGUCGCAACGACCUGGGUGUCAUCAAGAACCUUGGUGCCAACACAGUCCGCCUCUACAACUCCUUGGGCUUCGGCCCUGCCACCGACCACAGCGGCUUUCUGGACGAGGCACUGAAGCAGGGUCUCAACGUUAUGCCGGGCAUUGAUUCCGACCUCGCCUUGCACAACUGCACGAACUUCGACUGCUACGAGACGGUGAAGGCGGUCGUCAAAACCGGCUUCUCCUUGGGCUUCGCCAAGGGCAAAGACUGGCACCCGGCCAUCCACACGGUGCUCAUCAUGAACGAGGCCGACUUCUUUGGCCGGGACGCCAAGUGCCCGGGUGGCGCCCCCUGGUGCCGGGUCAAGGCGGUGCUCUCCGGGCUGGAUGGCCUCCUGGCGGCCGAGAAGGAGGCAGGCAUCCGCCCGGGCCGAGUGAACCUGGCAACCACUUGGUCCUUCAACAUCUCGGACUCCAUCGAUGGCAAGUGCAAGCAAUGCCCUGGGUACUUCGGGUUUCAGGACAUGCUGGCAGCUGUGGCCGACCCGUCCAUUGCGAAGUAUGUUCCUCAUACUCCCGCGAAAGACCUGGCGGCGGCCUUCGACAAGAGGUGGAUCAACGGCCUCAACGUGCAAACGCCCUGGGAAAUUGUCCACGAUGUCGUCAGCAAGAACUAUGGCCCGUUCGGGAACAGGUCUUGGUUCAUCGGUGAGUUUGGCGCGCUGAACCAGCCACACACAGCCAUCCAGAGUGACAUGAAGGCCAUGGCAGAGCUGGCCCACAACUCUUCCGAUCCAUUUCUGGGUGUGACUGUCUUCCAGUUUCAAACCGCGUACCAGAUCGGUGGAUCUGAGAUGGCCUUUGGCUUGUUCGGGUUGGGCAAGGAGAAGGUGGCCGACACGGGGAACAUGUGCAAGCAGAACGGGGAGUGCGGCAAGUGGCCAGUGUACUGCUUGAAUGCGAACCUGACCCAUCUCCCAGCAUCGCAGGCGGAACGUGCCGCAGCGGUUGCCAAAGCCUGGGGAGGUAAGGUCACGGGCACUUGCCGCAACUCCACGGUCAUUGCAGAGACCGUUACCGAGAUCGUGCUGUAA